AUGUCUUUGACAUCGAAUGUGAUGCUCCAGGCAUCUCGCAUCGGAGGGAUGAUAACCAAACGUGGAGGAACCACUGGCUUGAUGGUUCACAGAGACACCAAAGAAAAUAAUUUGAACGUUAAGUUCAAGUUCACACCAGAAAACGAAGAUAGAAUCAAAGCAAUUGUUGAUAUUUAUCCAGAAGGACACAAAGCCGGUGCUCUUAUCCCUCUUCUCGAUCUUGCUCAGCGACAGCAUGGAUGGCUUCCUAUUUCUGCAAUGCACGAAGUUGCUCGUAUUUUGGAAGUUCCCCGUAUGCGUGCGUAUGAAGUCGCCACCUUCUACACCAUGUUCAACCGUCAACCAGUCGGUAAAUAUUUCCUUCAGGUUUGCGCAACAACACCGUGUAUGCUUCGAGGAGCCGAAACUAUCACUGAAACGAUCGAGAAGAAGCUUGGCAUUCACGCCGGAGAAACAACUAAAGACGGGCUAUUCACAUUGGCUGAGGUUGAAUGUCUCGGAGCCUGUGUCAACGCUCCAAUGAUUCAAAUUAAUGAUGACUAUUUUGAGGACUUGACACCGAAGGAUGUACAUGAAAUUCUUGAUGACUUGAAAGCAGGUCGUAAGCCAGCCGCAGGUCCACGAUCCGGACGUCUUGCUGCCGAACCUUUCGGAGAACUUACUUCUCUUAAAGAGACUCCACCUGGUCCAGGUUUCGGGCUUCAGGCUUCUCUUAAGUAA